CAAUCCACCAAUAAGUCCACAGAAGCAGAAGACGAAGUAGAAGCAAAAUGGCUAACGAUGCUAACUCCCCCCAAAAGAAUACGGUUGAUUGCCAACCGCCAUUAAAACACAUACAAGAAGAGGAAAACGAAACCAUACCGACACACACAAAAAUAAAGGAGGUAUGUCGAGUAUGUGAGAAGCCUUUUACUGUUAAAAAAGACAAACAUAAUUUGAUUAUCGGUGCCCAAGAGGUGAAGCCUCCUUAUACUUUGGCUCUGGAGGAGCUCACUGGGCUUGUCGUUGAAACCACAGACGACCUAAUAGCUGUAUGUGGAGCUUGCAGAAAUUUAUUAAACCGAUACCACAGAAGCUCAUGUGAAGCAGAAAGGAUCGGUACAUUGGUUAAGUCAAUGUCAGUGGCGCAUACCAAAACAACUGCGACUGGUGGCCGAGCCAGAAAACGGAUAUCAACUCCGACUGAUGGCCGUGUGGGAAAACGGAUCCGCAUCGAAAGUCUUGUGAGACGUCUGGGCUUCCCUAAGUCUUCUGGCUGUAGUCCAAAACCUGAGCCUCAGUCCCAGCCUCUACCUCAGCCAACGGCCUUGUCGUCUGAUGAUGGAGCAGUGAGGAAGACUCUUGUCACCAUGGCCCCAGCAGUACUGCAUUCCCAGCCAGUUCUGUCUGCCGUCUGUAGUCAGAAGCCUGGACCGCAGACUCUACCUCAGCCAACAGCCCUGUCGUCUGAUGAUGGAUCAGUGAGGAAGACUCUUGUAAAUAAAGCCCCAGCAGUACUGCAUUCACAGCCAGUUCUGUUUGCUGUCUGUAAUCUGAAACCUGGGCCACAGCUUCAGUCACAGCAGCAUCCUCAGUCACAGCUUCUGCCACAGCAACAGCUUCAGUUACAGCCACAGCUUCAGAGACGGCCUCAGCCACAGCUUCAGAGACGGCCACAGCUUCAGUCACAGACACAGCCACAGCUUCAGCCCCGGCCUCUACCUCAGCUUCAGUCCCGGCCUCUACCUAAGCCAAAUAGCCUGUCAUCUGAUGACAGCGCAGCGAGGAAGACUCUAGUCAUCACACCCCCAGCACUGCAUUCACAGCUGGCUCCGGCAGCUGUGAGCCAGACAGCAAGAAAUCCAGCUGUUGAGAUAAGUUAUAGCAGGCCCCAGCCUCAAUCGGAGUCCCAGCAUGCACCUCAGCCAAUUGUUGAGGCUUCUAAUGAUGAUGCAGUGAAGAACAAACCUGCAACUACAGUUCCAGUAGUUUGGUCUGCAGAUUCAGUUAAAGAAGCUGUGAGCCAGACGGCAAGAAACCCAGCUGUUGAGACAAGCUGUAGCAAGCCACAACCCCAAUCCCAGCAUGCAUCGAGCAUUGAGUCCCAGCAUGCAACUCAGCCAACUGUUCAGGCUUCUAGUAAUGAAGUCAUAAAGAAGAAACCUGCAACUACAGUUCCAGUAGUUUGGUCUGCAGAUUCAGUUAAGGCAGCUGUGAGCCAGACGGCAAUAAAUCCAGCUGUGAAAACAAGCUGUAGAGGGCCACAGCCCCAAUCCCAGCUCCACUUGGAGUCCCAGCAUGCACCUCAGCCAACUGUUCAGGCUUCUUAUAAUGCAGUGAAAAAGAAACCUGCAACUACAGUUCCAGUAGUUUGGUCUGCAGAUUCAGUUAAGGCAGCUGUGAGCCAGACAGCAAGAAAUCCAGCUGUGGAUACAAGCUGUAGCAGGCCACAGCCCCAAUCCCAGCUCAAUUCGGAGUCCCAGCAUGCACCUCAGCCAACUGUUCAGACUUCUGAUGAUGAAGCAGCGGGCAAGAAACCUGCAACUACCGUUCCAGUAGUUUGGUCUGCAGAUUCAGUUAAGUCUGCCAUCUGUAGUCUGAAACCUGGGUCUCAGUCCCAGCCUCUACCUCAGCCAACAGCCCUGUCGUCUGGUGAUGGAGCAGUGAGGAAGACUCUUGUCAACAUGGCACCCGCAGUACUGCAUUCCCAGCCAGUUCUGUCGGCCUUAACAAUCCAGGAAUGUGUGACCAGGCUGGUGCAGACUGAUCAGCUUCAGAUACAACCCACUGUCCAGACAUCUGCUGUGCAACCACUGCUGAUUCAAAUGGAUGGCAGCUAUACCACGUCACAUCCUGGUCAAAGCACCCCGUCGCCUCUCCCUGCAACGACUAAAGCCGGGUCGUCGGGAUGUGGUGCACCAACCCCGUCUGCAAGCACAAAACCGCCAAUGAAAAAGCAAUCAAAGGUCACCAUUAGAACGGCAAAAUCCCUAAAAAGUCGGAUUGUCUGUGGACCCAUGGAGAGGGUACUCCACCACAUUGUUCAAGGAACUCUCCACAGAAUCCCACAUGCACUUCUGUCUGUCCCUGGAAUGUUUGAUUUCAUGGUCCACGAGAUGACUAAUAUCAUCAGAAACGAGUGCAAGAAGCUAACAAGCCGGAAAUUCACAUCUAUUCUCCGACGGACCAGCAUCGAAGACCUAAAGAACUUUAAAUGGAUGAAUGUUGUUGAGGAGUGGAGGACAAACGCACCGACCUUUCUCAAGUUUUUACAGUGCGCAAGCACUGUCUCCAUUGAGCCUGCUAACACUACUUCAAGAAUACGCCCUCACCCUUCCAGAAGGAUUAAUAAAUACAGAUUACCAAUGGCUGGGGCAAUACUCUUGAACGCACGCUGCGAGUCAAUGUCAGCACAUAUGUACACAAAUGCUCUGGUUAUGUGCCACAGCGGCUCAAGAAGACGUUUUAAGUGGUUAAAUCGAGUGGGUGUGUGCAUAACUAGCGGGAUGGCUCUUGCAAAGCUGAAAGCAAUGGGACCGGCAUGGGACAAUAAAACCUUUUUCCAAUGGACAGAGAACGUAUGCAAAGACAGGGGGACAAAGGCGGCCUCUAAAGGAGCAGAAGCAGCGUUCACUAUACCGCCGAUAGACACAGAUUCAGAUGAAUCACAGGACAACACUGAAAACGGGACGUCACCAGAACACACACAGCAUGGACAUGGGGACACUCCACCAACUGCGGACAUACCAGAUGAACCAGACAAAGACGCAACAGACGUAUCAGACACACCAGACGAACCAGACAUUGACGAUCUAUACGAUCCAGACAAAGAUGAACUAGAUGCAUCAGAUGCAUCAGACGCAUCAGACGCCACAGACGUAUCAGACGAACCAGACAUCUCUUCUCCUGCAACCUUCCAGUCUGACUCAGAGUAGCUUUGCUGGAU